AUGGCCACGGAGGAGACGGCGGGGGGAGCCAGGAAAGCCACCAAGAGCAAACUCUUUGAGUUCCUGGUCCAUGGAGUGCGUCCCGGCAUGCCAUCUGGGGCGAGGAUGCCCCACCAGGGAGCGCCCAUGGGCCCCCCCGGCCCGCCGUACGGAGGCAACCCGGCGGUGCGCCCCGGCCUGCCCUCGCCGGUGAUGGAGGCCGGCCGCAAGAGACCCGCGCCGUCCCAGCAGGUCCAACAGCAGCAGCAGCAGCAACAACAGCAGCAGGCCGUCCAGAACCGGGCCAGAAAUGCAAAGAGGAGGAAAAUGGCAGACAAGAUCCUUCCGCAAAGGAUCCGUGAACUUGUACCCGAGUCUCAAGCCUACAUGGACCUUCUCGCUUUCGAGCGCAAGCUGGACCAGACCAUCAUGCGCAAGCGCGUGGACAUCCAGGAGGCCCUCAAAAGACCCAUGAAGCAGAAGCGUAAACUGAGGCUGUACAUCUCCAACACCUUCAAUCCGGCUCGACCCGACGCCGACGACUCUGACGGCAGCAUCGCGUCGUGGGAGCUGCGGGUGGAGGGGAAACUUUUGGACGACCCGGGCAAGCAGAAGAAGAAGUUCUCCUCGUUUUUCAAGAGUCUGGUGAUCGAGCUGGAUAAAGAUCUCUAUGGACCUGACAACCACCUGGUGGAGUGGCACCGCACAGCCACCACGCAGGAAACUGACGGCUUCCAGGUGAAGCGACCUGGCGACGUCAGCGUGCGCUGUACGCUGCUGCUCAUGCUAGACUACCAGCCCCCCCAGUUCAAGCUGGACCCCCGCUUGGCGCGCCUGCUGGGCAUCCACACGCAGACGCGCUCGUGCAUCAUCCAGGCGCUGUGGCAGUACGUCAAGACCAACAAGCUGCAGGACUCCCACGACAAGGAGUACAUUAACUGUGACAAGUACUUUCAGCAGAUCUUCGACUGCCCCCGCCUCAAGUUCUCCGAGAUCCCCCAACGCCUCACCAACCUGCUGCUGCCUCCCGACCCAAUCGUCAUCAACCACGUCAUCAGCGUGGACCCCAACGACCAGAAGAAAACGGCCUGCUACGACAUUGACGUGGAGGUGGAGGACCCUCUGAAAAGCCAGAUGAGCAGCUUCCUGUUAUCCACCGCCAACCAGCAAGAAAUCGCCACGCUGGACAACAAGAUUCACGAGACCAUCGAGUCCAUCAACCAGCUGAAGAUCCAGAGGGACUUUAUGCUUAGCUUCUCUCGGGAUCCCAAAGGCUACAUCCAGGACUGGCUCAAGUCACAGAGCAGAGACCUCAAGUUGAUGACGGACGUAGUGGGCAACCCUGAAGAGGAGCGCAGAGCGGCCUUCUACCACGAGCCCUGGUCCCAAGAGGCCGUUAGCCGUUAUUUCUACUGUAAAAUCCAGCAGAGGCGACAAGAACUGGAGCAGGCUUUGGCGGUCCGCAACACUUAA